CGUGUUUAGUGAUAACGCGUGAUCAAUCCGUUUCAUUUCAACUAUCGUUUGGUUGGUUAAUUUGACAUUGAGUUUGCAAUCUUCUUGCUGUUUGGUUUAUUUAACUUGAUCCUAGUACAAAUUAAAUUUUAAUUUAAGAUGGCUGACUUACCUGAUGGAGAUCCAACACGAGGAAAGAAAAUCUUUGUCCAAAAAUGUGGUCAAUGUCAUGUUGCCGAAAAGGGCAAAGGACACAAACAAGGACCCAAUUUAUAUAAUUUAAUUGGACGAAAGACUGGCUCUGCUGAAGGGUUUGACUACACCACCGCCAAUAAAGAAAAAGGUAUUACCUGGAGUAGGGAGACGCUCAAUAUUUAUCUUGAGAAUCCAAAGAAGUAUAUCCCCGGUACAAAGAUGAUCUUUGCUGGUAUCAAGAAAAAGCAAGAAAGAGCCGAUGUCAUUGCCUACUUGGAGUCAGCCAAGGAUUGACCUGUUCCAUCAAUAGCUAUUUAAUUAUCUAAUUUAAAAAUUAUAAUUUCACUAGAAAAGGUUAUUAGGGAAAAUCAUGACAGCUCAUGGCAAAUUGGUGUCACAUUGAAUCUAUUUUAAAACAUUGUCCUUUCCUUGAUCAUCUUAUAUUAAUUUAACCAAAUCUUUUUGUUCUUAUUCGCUCUGAGUGAAUCAAAUUUAAGUUAUUGUUAUGAUUAGGGGAGUGCAGUUUAGGCUAAUGAAUCAGUUGAAAAUUAAAUUUUCUUUUAUUCAAUGGAAAACGGAAAUUCUCACGGAAAGAUAAUAAAAUUACUAGUUUAAUUUGUU